AUGAAUCUUCUUCCAGAAAACGAUGGAAUGCGGCUGAUUCGGAAGACGAUGCGAGACUCCUCCGUGUCCCUUCUUCUUCUUCUUCUUCUUUUUCUCCCCCUCAUUUUCCGCUCCGUCGCCUCCACUUCUCCGCCACAAUGCAAGAGUUUUUGGGUGUCGAACCGCCCUUUUCAGGUGCUCAAUUAUGUGCGUGAGCCCCCCCUCUCGAAUGUUUGUUUGCAGGACUGUUCUUCCGUGGGACUCCAGGAGCCUCCGUCGCUCCUUCCGAACGUGCUCUCCCUCUCACUCUCGAACAACUCGAUCAGUCGGAUCUCGGUCUUCCCCUCCGAAUACCGAAGGCUACAGUCUGUCCGUCUGGAUCAGUGCCAGCUGGAACGACUCGACUACGAGGCUCUGUCCGUGUUCGAGCAACUCCGUGAGCUCGACGUCUCCCGCAACUCACUGUCCCGACUGAUAAUUCCCCGCAACUUGGUCUCUUUGCGCGUGCUCAAUUUGGCAUUCAACUCUUUCACGUAAGUCCGUCACACGUCAUGCUUCGAUUCCCACGAAGAUGACCAGAAAAAAGGGAAGAAAAAGAAUGGAGAAGGAGAGAAGACAUCAUUUAGUAGCAUUAUGUGUGGGGGGACCGGAAGCCAGCAGUUAUUGAAUUCGCCAAUAAUUGGCCCAUAAAACCGAUGCGAAAUGGGUUGUCCGAUGCGAAAAAUACUCUCGGCUCUUUCAGGUACGUGCCGGACAUGUCCCAUCUGGAGUCGCUCCGUCUCGUCGACCUCUCCCACAACCGACUGGUAUCCGUCCGUCCCCGGAUGCUUCCGUUCAAUCUGGAAGUGGUCCGUCUGGCGGCCAACCGCUUCAGCCACUUGUCUCCUUGGCCCUUUUUGCACAAGUUGCAGGUCAGUGCCAACCGGAAAGGAUCGAAAUUCGAUCCGCGCGAAAACAGCCGUCGUUGCGUCCUUGUGAAUCCGUUUCAUACGAUGGGUUACGCAAUGGAAUGUGAUGGAGUGCUCUCUCGCUUCUCUAGGGAUUAAUUUGGAGUGUUCAGUCGGGAAGGGACUCUCAAUAUAUCUCAUUUUGAUUCGAAAUUAACUGUCACCCGCUGAGCCGCCCGUCCGUCCGCCCUUCCUAAUGGCCAGAUGUUUGGGCGCGCGCAGACUGCAAACAAACGCGCGGUGCACUCAACCAGCGACAUGUGUUUUCGAGUUCGAUUUCACACAUUCGAAAUUGGAAUCUGUUAAUGUGUGGGGAAAGACGGGAAGUGAGAGAGAAAGAGCUCAAUGAGCACGUUUCAGGAGCUGGAUGUGACAUUCAACGACCUCGAAUGCGAUUGUUCCCUUUGGCACUUUGUCACUUGGGCCGAGAAACUGGCUCUUUUCGACAGGUAGCCUCACGACGUCUUCUCAUUCCUUACCUCUUUUUCAAUUUCAGUACAAUGAUUCCCUGUCGUCGGCCGAGUGAGCUCCGGAAGAGUCCAAUCGACGGAAAAGUGAUAUCAUUCGGCUCCUUCUCAAUUCUUCCCCUUUUUCAGACAGUCUGCGGGCCUUCAGUGACGUCCUCGUCUCCAGAAUCGUCGGUCGUUUCUCUGGAUGACGCCCACGCAAUGUGCUGCACGGCCCUCGCCACUCCUGCUCCGGUUCUCUUCUGGCAACUCAACGGAAAGAACAUCUCAAAUGUACCCUUCCCCUUAUUUUCAUCAACAUUCCACUUUUUUCAGGGCAUCUCCCAGAAACAUUUAUCCGACUCUGGACAGGUCGAAUUCUGUUUGGAAAUCCGAAAGAUUGGCCUGAAAGACAUGGGCAAGUACAAGUGCGUGGCUUCUUUGGCGGGCCUCAAUGCCUCGAAAGAGUUCUCGGUCGAAAGGGACAAGAUCCCGAUCGUGUUGAACUCGGCGGAAGGCAUCAUGAUCUACUGCCAGUUCACCAUCUGCACCUUCAUCGGCGUUUGCUGCGUCGUCUCGUGCUGCGUGCUCCGAACGGGUGGUCGUGGGAAGACUCGGCCGAAGCGGGAAUAUAUGCACGCGAAAGUGCUCGAGAUUCCGCAAAGUUCGUGCGAAUACUGCGACGUGGAUGAUGAGGACGAAGAAGCGGCGAGAGAGUGCGACGACUGGGGAGACGCAGAGACGACGGCAGUCAGACAGUACUUGCAAUGGAGGCAGAUCCAGCAGAAUCAGAAGUGUUCGUGCCCUCACCCGCUCUCCCCUUCCCAUUGUUUUCGUUCAGAUUCCAUGCUUCCCCAGAUCCAACACGAGAGUCUCUGCCGUCUUUCCCACGAAUCCAACUCAACCGACGUCUCUGCUUGCCGCGCUCCGUUGGCUCGAUUUGAUGAUUCCCAUUGUGUUUCAUUUGAACUCACUAAUUUGUGA